AUGGCCGCUGCGGCCGGGGACGUCGCGAUAAAGCCGCUGCAGAGUGCUAUGAAGCUGGCCAACGGGGCCAUCGAACUGGACACCAACAACCGACCCCGGGAGGCAUAUAUAGAAUACCUGAGGAGCAUCCACUACAUCUCCCAGGUUCUGCUGGAAGAGGCCGAAGCCACCAAAGAAGUUGAGGAAACAGUGCCCCCAGACACCUCAAAGAUGCUGAAGCUGGCUGAGCAGUGUUUGGAGAGGGCCCGGUCAACUGCUGCCAAGCUGGGGAAACCGUGCCUGAAGCCAGCCAAGCCUGUGACUACUGCAGUCCCCUCACCAACCAGCCGACACCGCCGGGUGUAUUCAGAUGAAGGUGGGAAGCUCUGUCCCUUUCUACCUCCUGAGAUCUUUCAGAAGCUUCAGAUGGUAGAGUCGACAAACUCUAAGAAGGAGCUGACACCACUGGAAGAGGCCUCCCUGCAGAACCAGAAGCUGAAGGCAGCUUACGAGGCCCGCAUGGCCCGUCUGGAUCCCAGCCAGGCUGUGCAGAAGACGUCCCUGACCCUGUCCCUGCAACGGCAGAUGAUGGAGAACCUGGUGGUUGCCAAAGCUCGAGAGGAGACACUCCAGAGGAAGAUGGAAGAGCGCCGGCUGCGAUUACAGGAAGCAGCCAACAGGAGGUUCUGCAGCCAGGUGGCCCUGAGCCAGGAGGAGCGCGAGCAGCGCGCAGUCUAUGCUGCGGUCCUCGAGUACGAGCAGGACCACGACUGGCCAAAGCUCUGGAAAGCCAAGCUCAAGAGGAGCCCUGGGGACCUGUCGCUGGUGACCAACUUAAUGUCCCACCUCCUCAGCCUGCCGGACCACCCCAUAGCGCAGCUGCUGCGGAAGCUCCAGAGCGCUGUCUACAGCACACUCUACCCGUUGGUCAGCAGGACCACCCUCGGCAGCGUGUGCGCCCCUGGCAGCAGCUCAGUGCCCUCGGACGGGCCUGUGGCCCCUGGGAGCCGCCGCCUGCGCGCCUCUCAGAGCUUACACUGCGUUCUGUGCCCCUCGGAGCCUGUUCCACAGCCCCCGGACGGACCCACCCACAGAGGAGCGGACAGCCCCGCGGGGCCUCGCUCACCUCUGGGGGACAGUGCAUCAAGUCUGCGGGACAAGGACAGCUCCUUCGAGGAUCUGGAACAGUUCUUGAGUACGUCUGAGAGAUGGAGCAUGGGCUCCGGGGGGCGGUCCGAGCUGCAGAACCCUGGAGCCCAGAGGCACCCCUUGCUGGAGCCACUGAAGAGCACCGUGAAGGACAUCCACAAUGCCAUCGACAGGUUGCUCUCACUGACCUUUAUGGCCUUCGAGGGGCUGAGCACAGCUGCUGCCAAGGACCGCUGCGUGGCAUGCAUGGAAGAGGCCUUCUUCUCCCCACUGUGGGCUCCCCUGCUGGCCUUGUACAGGAGCGUACACCGAACCCGUGAGGCUGCCCUCAGCAGGAGCAUGGAGCUGUACAGGAAUGCGACCCCCACCGCCCUGGGAGUCCCUGCCAAGCUCCUCCCCCAGGACACUGAGGUCCAGGGCUCAGGCACCUACCCCUAUCAUGCUGCGGUCCAGGAGCUGGGGCUUCUGGCCCUGGAGAGCUGCCCCCAGAAGAAGCUGGAGUGCAUUGUUCGAGCCCUUCGGGUCAUCUGUGCCUGUGCAGAGGAUUGCUGCCGUGCCCAGGAGGCUAGGCUGCCGUCCGGGACCACUGCAAUUGGUGCAGAUGACCUGCUGCCCAUCUUGUCCUUCGUGGUGCUGAGGAGCGGCCUGCCCCAGCUGGUGUCUGAGUGUGCAGCACUGGAGGAGUUCAUCCAUGAGGGGUCCCUGAUUGGAGAGGAGGGGUACUGCCUGACAUCACUGCAGAGUGCCCUGAGCUACGUGGAGCUGCUGCCCCGGGGGGCCCUGGCUCAGUCCCCUGGCCGCAUCCGCCAGGAAAGCUCCGGCGAGGGGCAGGACUUGGAUCAAGCCCGGCCCCCGACGUCAGGACCAGAGACUGAGCGUGCCGUGGGUGCGCAGCUGACAGGGCUGAAGAUCUCCAGGCUGAAGCCGGUCAGGGAGCUGAGCAACGCGCACAGCGUGCAGAGCGGGAGGCGCCGGCCCUAA